UUAAGGUAUAAUACAAUUUUUAAUAGUUUAAUUAUAUAAUUCUUAAAAUUAAAUUUGAAAAUGCCUACUUGGAGCCAAAUUCAAACUCAGCUUCGAAAUCCAAGUAAUUCAGUAGUUUUUUUUGAUAUAUCUGUGGGUACAACUGAAAUUGGAAGAAUGAUUUUUGAACUUUUUGAAGAUGUGUGUCCAAAAACUUCUGAGAAUUUUCGACAAUUUUGCACGGGUGAAUACAGAAAAGAUGGUGUACCAUUAGGGUUUAAAGGUGCUAUUUUUCAUAGAGUUAUCAAAGAUUUUAUGAUUCAAAGUGGAGAUUUUGUCAAUGGAGAUGGUACUGGUGUAAUAAGCAUAUAUGGUGGAACAUUUUCUGAUGAAAAUUUCCAAUUAAAGCAUGAUUCUCCAGGUUUACUUUCAAUGGCUAAUAGUGGCAAAGAUACAAAUGGAUGUCAAUUUUUUAUUACUUGUGCUAAAUGUAACUUUUUAGAUGGUAAACAUGUUGUUUUCGGUAGAGUUAUUGAUGGACUUUUAGUAAUGAGAAAAAUAGAGAAUGUUCCUACAGGACCUAAUAACAAACCUAAAAUACCAGUUACUAUAGCUCUCUGUGGACAAAUGUAACAUUGGCAAUAAUUGUAUGGACAAUAGAGUAAUAAAUGAAUUAUAAAAUUAAA